UGAAAACAUUGCCCGCUUUACAGUGGUUUGUUAAGAAUUGUAGUGGAUGGAUAUUUAGACACAUUUGUAGUGAUGGAUUACUACUUUAGUAUUGUUUCACCACCCAGCCAAUGUGCCUUACUGGUUGCCAAGAAAUUAGGAAUUACACUAAACCUCAAGCAAACGAACAUAUACGAUGCGGUUGAAUUAGAUGCCUUGUCGAAGAUCAAUCCAUAUCACAUUCUUCCCAUGCUUGUGGACAACGGGAAUAUAAUCUUCGAAUCGUACGCAAUCGUUCUUUAUCUGGUGGAAACAUACGCCAGCGAUGAUACACUCUACCCGAAGGAUCCGAAAGUACGCUGUGUUGUAAACCAACGUUUGUUCUUCGAUGUGGCCACACUGUAUAAGCAGAUCUAUGAAAACAUACACGUCCAGAUGCAGAACCAAAAGCCUACCGAGAAGCAGGAGCAAAGGUUGAAAAAAGCCACAGCUAUACUGGAACACUUCCUUACCGAACGAUCGUACGCUGCAGCAGAUCAUCUGACGGUGGCGGACAUUUGUUUGGUUAUCAAUGUAACAGCACUUACCCUUUGGCUGAGAUAUGAUCUCGAACCUUAUCCACGUGUAAGAGAUUGGUAUGCAAGAGCAACAGCGGAAAUUCCGGACUGGGUCAAGUUCCGAAAGGAAUGUGAAGAAGCCACCAGAGCGUACGUAGUAAGUCGAAACAUUGUAAUUCCUUCAUAGUAAGCAAUUUGAGUGGUCGAUUUUUUGUGAUAAGAAAAUUCAAACUAGAGAAAACGCUCGUUUUGAGAGAGAACUAGAGAAAAAAAAUGUUUAAAUAAUGAGAUCAUACGACGUAUUUCGAAUGCCAUUGGAAAUGUAUUCGUUAACAAUACAACUACCAGAAAUAGAGAGAAGGAACGUAAAUUUAUCCAAUAAAAAUUAUUACCCAGCAGGGUUCGGCACCUAAA